AUGUCGCUCGUUGUGGGCGACGCUCCACCUUCGCGCCGAACCCCGUUCCGGAGGUUGAUUUGGCAUUUCCGCAACUACCGCACCAAUUGCGAUGCUGAAUCCGUCACCACAAUAUCGGGCUCGCUCUCAUACGAGGAGAUCGAUCGAGCAUGGCGUAGGAAACGCCGCAUGAUAGCAGGCGUAAAGGUGCUAGCGUUCCCGAUACUGAUCCCGUGGAAAUUGUACAGGGAGGUCAAAUGGAGAGUUAUGCGAAGCGAGUGGUAUGAUCGGAAACUCAAGGAAAAUAAAUUGAAGCGGCCAAAGGUGGUGGAGAGGAAGAGAGCGCUGAGUCCGCCCCUGGAAGAGACAAGUCUCUGGGAGAGAAAGAGAAAGACUAAGCAGCAAGAACAGUGCCUGCUUCUGAGGUUGCCCUUUGAGUUAAGGUUGAUGAUAUGGGAGCAAGUUCUCGGGGAGUGCGAAGUGUAUGUGCUGUUGAAGGAGGGCCGACUCACUUCCUUUCGACUCGAGGACGAAACUGAGGAGGUGGACUUGCGGUGGUACGCCGACGACGUAAGCAGGUUUCGGAUAGUUCGCCUCCGACGGAGCAGGAUCGAUGUUGUUCCGCUUCUCCAAACGUGCAGACUCAUCUAUUCCGAGGUGACUGACCUGCUGUACCGCCGGCUUCAGUUCUCCUUCUGCGAUGUCUACUCUUUUCUCGCUUUCUCGGCGGCCUUGGUACCAAAACAUUUUGAUGCGAUCCAACAUAUCUACAUGGCCUUCCAAAACACAAAUCGGGAGGUGAGGGUAGUCGACAACUCGGAACUAAGCCACGAUAAUCUGUUCGGGGAGCAAUGUUACUGGCACUCGGCCCACCGGAUCCGAGCUCGUCUUAAUUAUAGGCCCUUCCGUAAGCUCAAGACGAAGCUCUAUCGACCCCUUCCAAAAUACAAAGUCGGCGAUAAUGCAACGACGUGGGAUGCGAUCUGUACAAUUCUGAAUGAGAUGGCGGGACUGAAGUCGCUCAAAAUGGUGCUAAGCAAGUCGAGAUUCAAUCUUCGAGGAACCACAAUCGACGAGGCGAUAUAUGGGCCGCUGAGGAAGGCGAUAGAGAGAGUCGACUACUUUGACGUUGUGGUAGAGUGGCACCCCUCGUUUCCACCAGGUCCACCGCCUCCGCCUCCACCCCCGCUUCUGUUCGUUGCUCCCCUAGCACCGCCUCCACCGCCUGUAAUCAUGCAUCAACCUCCGGUUCCGAUAGAGUCUGCGCGAGGAAGACUUAUCGACGGCGAAAUCCAGUGGCGAUCAGUUAGUGACGACCGGGAAUUGAUAUUGGAUUUUCCCUCCGACAGCGGCAGCGAGUACAGUUGGCUGUCAGAAGCCUAG